AUGACUCAGAUGCCCCAAGCAGGCCCCUCAGGGCCAGGAGGCCGCACAGACUCUGGCGUGGGGGAGGAUAACGCGGAGAGGCUGACCAUGGCCUGCUGGGACCGGAACAAGUGGGCCCUCAUCGGCGGCGGCUCUAUUGUGCUGGUCCUCACCCUCGGGCUGAUCCUGGGCUUCACUCUGCGGCCAGAUGCCCACCCAAGUUGCCAGGAGACCUGCAGCCCCAAGGGCGACAUGCUGGAUUACCUGAAGGAGCUGGGCCACAUCAGUCAGAGGGACGGCCUGCUGGUCACCUGGUACCACGCGGCCAACGGCCGGCAGGAGAUGGAGGCGGCUCUGAACAGCGACGCCAUGGUCCUGGAGGCCGACGUCAACAUAGAAGGGCUGAACACGGCCAACGAGACUGGGGUCCCCAUCAUGGCCCACCCCCCGGCCAUCUACAGCGACAACACCCUGAAGCAGUGGCUGGAGGCCGUGCUGAACACUUCGAAGAAGGGCAUCAAACUGGACUUCAAGAGCCUCAAGGCCGUGGGCCCCUCCCUGGACCUCCUGCGGGAUCUGACGGCUCAGGGGUGGGUUAAGAGGCCCGUGUGGAUCAACGCUGACAUCCUGAAGGGCCCCAACGUGCCCAUCUCCGUGGAGGUCAACGCCACCCAGUUCCUGGCCUUGGUCCAGGAGAAGUACCCCGAGGUCACCCUGUCUCCGGGCUGGACCACCCUGUACAUGCCCCCACUCCUGGGCCAGACCUACAGCCGCGCCAUGGUGGAGAAGAUGCAGGAGCUGGUGGGCCCGCUGCCGCAGAGGGUCACCUUCCCCGUGAGGGCCUGCAUGCUGCGGGCGGCCUGGCCACACUUCAGCUGGCUGCUGGACCAGUCGGAGAGGUACAGCCUGACGCUGUGGCAGUCGAACACAGACCCCGUGAAGCUGGACGACCUCCUGUACAUCCGGGACAACACUGCCCCCCACCAAGUCUACUACGACCUCUUCGAGCCGAUCCUGUCUCAGUUUAAGGAGCAAGCCCUGAACACCACACGGAAGCGAGUCUACUACACGGGGGGCAGCCUGAUCCCCCUCCUCCAGGCCCCCGGGGGCGACGGUCUGGAGGUCCAGUGGCUGCUUCCUGACAUCCAGGGCAACCCAAGGACCAUGCAGCUCCCAGACGAGAAAGGCAUGAUCCUGCUGAACGUCAGCCUGCAGGUGCCCGCUACUAGGGCCCAGGGGCCCAUGGUGAGCACCCCGGGCGGGCCCAGCCUGCCACUGGAGGACUGCCUGGUGCAGCUCGACUCCCACCCCGGGCCGUGGGGCGCCCACAUACACAUCGAAGAACCCGCAGCACUGUGGCCGACCCUGGCCGUGCUGGCCCGCCUGUCCGGCCUGGGCCAGCUGUCUCUGCCCGUGUGGGUGGGCGCCACCAUCUCCCACGGGAGCUUCGCUGCCCGUGGCUACGUGAAUGGCACGGAGCUGCUCAGAGUGGUGAACAAGGUCUUCCCCGACGUGACCGUGGCGCCAAGCUGGCCGGAGGAGGCACUGGACGCCGGCUACCAGGAGCGGCUGCUCUCGGACAUGCUGGAGCUAUGCCAGGGCCUAAGGCAGCCCGUGUCCUUCCAGCUGGACGCCGGGCCGCUGAGCCGGAGUGGGGCUGGCGUUGUGACCAGGCUGCUGGCGGCCUCCCCGCGGGCCACCGUCACCGUGGGGCUAGGCCCCGAGCGAGGGGACAGCAGGGCGCUGCGGGCGGCGCUGCAGGCAGCCAGGAAUGUGGACAGGACUCGAGUCUACUUCAGGCUGCCCCAGGCUCUCCGCCAGGACAUGCUGGGGAAUGGACACUGACCCCUCGGGUG